AUGAGUGACGCUAGCUCUUUACGUAGGCUGAACUCCGAACAAGGAUUCGAAAUGCAGAAAAAUGGAGAUGAGCAGUUUGUUAUCACCAGCGCCAGUGGAAGCUCAAGCUCCAUUUCACACGAGUUCACCGACGGAAACGACAGAGAAUACUCGGCGAUAAAUGAUUCUAUUGAGUCUUUGAAGCCUUCGCCUAUGGUAUUUCUUUUGACAAUUUUGACAUGCUUUUGCGGGUUCAUGUUUGGUUAUGAUACCGGCUAUAUAUCAGGUGCUCUCGUAGUUAUUGGAAAAGAUCUGGGUGGACACCUCACGGACGGUGACAAAGAGCUAAUCACCUCUGCAACUUCUCUCGGUGCAUUCAUCACAGCCCUGAUUGGGGGUGGCCUUGCAGACACGUUUGGUAGAAAAUGGGUCAUUUCAUUCGCCAACAUCAUGUUUAUUGUUGGAGGUGGAAUGCAAACCGGAGCGCACACUAAGUGGACAAUGAUUGUUGGUCGCUUUAUCAUGGGAUGGGGUGUCGGACUUGCUUCGCUUGUCGCCCCAAUCUACCUCUCAGAACUUGCACCAACCCGAUUUCGUGGCCGUCUUGUGGUUUUGAAUGUAUUGGCAAUCACGUUGGGCCAACUUAUCGCCUACGGCAUUGGUGCGGGCCUCACGAACGUCAAAAAUGGUUGGAGAAUUCUAGUUGGUCUUUCCUUGAUCCCUUCUUCUUUGCAGAUGGUGUUGUUUGUAUUUAUGCCUGAAACCCCCCGAUAUCUCAUUCUAAGAGAUCGGCUAGAUGAAGCUCGAAAAGUGUUGACAAAAGUCUACCAGGGUGCUUCGGAAAAGCAACUGAAUGACCGGGUUUCAGAAAUCAAGAGCGAGAUUUUAGCCCCGCCAGUUGUUGCUGGUCCUAAUGCGACUCGUAAGGAAAAGGCAAAAGCUGCGUUCCAAAGCUUUUGUAUCAACUUUAAAGAGCUCUUCCGUUCUGCAGCUAAUAGGCGUGCGUUGUCCAUCGUGGUCGCCUUGCAGCUAUUCCAGCAGUUUAGUGGCUGGAAUGCUCUCAUGUAUUACUCAGGAACAAUGUUCAAGAGUGUAGGAUUUGACGACCCAACCUCUGUGUCGAUCAUCAUUGCAGCCACUAAUUUUGUGUUUACAAUUGUUGCUUUCCUCAUUAUCGACAAAGUCGGCAGGAGAAUUUUGUUGGUAGGCACAAUGUGGGGAAUGUCCCUUGGCCUCAUUAUCUGUGCGAUUGCUUUCCAUUACUUGCCUUUUGAUACCAGUGAUUCGGCGGCUGUCCAAGACGUCCUCAGUGGCCCUGAACAAAAGUGGGGUAUUGUGGUCAUUGUCUUCGUUUUUGUCUUUGCUGCAUCGUACGCAACUGGUAUUGGUAACGUUCCUUGGCAGCAGUCAGAAAUGCUUCCUAUGAAUGUUCGUGGUAUCGGUACUUCUUUUGCAACUGCGGCCAACUGGGCUGGCUCUUUGAUUGUUUCAGCGACCUUUUUGACAAUGUUGAAUAAUAUCACCCCUACUGGAACCUUUGCAUUCUACGCUGGCAUCUGCGCGCUCGGUGAAGUUUUGGCUUUGUUUUUCUACCCGGAGACCGCUGGAUUGAAUCUCGAAGAUGUUCACACGCUUCUCGAAAAUGGUUAUCAAGUAAAAGAAUCUGUUCGACUCAGCAAACAGAAGCGUCAACUCUACCAAGCUCGCCAUUGA